AUGAAAGAUUAUCACAUUUUAAUUGUGAUAUUUAUGAUAUUAAGAUUUGUGUUAAAUAUAAAAAUAAGUAAAAAAGUGAGUUUUUUAAAUAAUACUUAUAACUUAAAUAAAUAUAAUGAAUUCAAAAUAAAAAGAAACAAAUAUAUAAAAAUCUAUAAUAGCAAAAAUGAUAAAACUAAUAAAUUUUUAUUUGACGAAUAUGAUGAAAAUUGUAUAAAAGCUUUAAUUAUGGCUAGAGAAGUUGCUAAAAAUAAUAAUGAGAAUGAAGUUUUGCUUAAACAUCUACUUGUUGCAAUCAUUAAAACAGAUUCACAUAUAAUAGAUCACAUCUUUAAAUAUUUUAACAUUUCAUUACAACAUUUUAUAAAUAAAUUUAAUACAGAAAUAGCCAAAAAUAGUUUUAAAAAAACAGGGCAAGAACCAUAUGAUAAUAAUCAUAUUCCACCCGAACAAAUAGAGUUCCAAAAAUGUAGUACUAAAAAUAAUGACCAAGAAAAAACACUCAUAAAUAAUAUAAUUGGUAAUAAAAUAAAAGACGAAGAGUAUAACCAUAUUGUUACAAACAACUUAGAUAAGGAAGCAACCAAAAAUAAUGACACAGAAGCAAGCAAAAAUAAUAGCACCGAAUCAACCAAAGAUAAUAGCACAGAAGCAACCAAUAACGAAAAUUGCGAGUCUGAACAUGUUACAGACGUAUCAAGUAGCUAUAAUAAAAUGCAGGAAAAUGGUAUAGAUACUAAAUUGGCAGCACACGAAAAAGAUGAGAAACAAAAUGAUGAGAAACAAAAUGAAAAACAAAAUGAUGAACCAUUUUUAGUUAAUGAUAAUAGUGGCAAACGAAAUAACCAAAAAGAAUUAAAAUCAAAUAAGGAAAUAAAGUUUUCAGAAAAUUGCAAAUUAGUUCUUCAAAAUGCUAUUUUAGAAGCAAAAAAAAAAAAUAAAAUUUUUGUUAACCUUACUGAUAUAUUAAUAUCUAUUAUUAAUAUUGCUCAGGAAAAUAAGGAAUGUGAUUUUGUGAAAUAUUUAAAUGAACUUAAUAUAAGUUUAAGUGAUUUAAAAAAACAAGUAACUAAUUAUGACGAAAAUAAUUUGAACUCAAAUUUGAUUCAUUGUCCAAUUAACAAAAACCCAAUUAAAAAUGAUGAAGAACAAGAUGGAAAUAAAAAUCUGAAUAACUAUUCUGAUAAACAAAAUAAAAAUAUGACUGACCAACCAAACAAUAUCAUAAACAAUAUGAAUAACGAAUAUAUAAAUCAAGAAAAAUAUUUCAAAAAUAAUGAAGAUAAUAAUUUUACACAAAAUAAUAAAUUUAUGUCUUCAAUAAUUACAAAAGAUUGUUUAGUAGAUAUGGUACAACAAGCUUAUGAAAAAAAAUUAGAAAAUUUUUUUGGAAGAAAAGAUGAAAUAAAAAGAAUAAUAGAAAUAUUAGGAAGAAAAAAAAAAUCAAAUCCAUUAUUAGUUGGAGAAACUGGAGUUGGAAAAACAGCUAUUGUUGAACAAUUAGCAUAUUUAAUAUUAAAAAAUAAAGUACCUUAUCAUUUAAAAAAUUGUAAAAUAUUUCAAAUGAAUCUUGGAAAUAUUGUAGCAGGAACUAAAUAUCGAGGAGAAUUUGAAGAAAAAAUGAAACAAAUAUUAGCAAAUAUAAGUAAAGAUAAAAAAAAUAUUUUAUUUAUUGAUGAAAUACAUGUAAUUGUUGGAGCCGGAAGUGGGGAAGGAUCAUUAGAUGCAUCUAAUAUAUUGAAACCAUUUUUAUCAUCAGAUAAUUUACAAUGUAUUGGAACCACUACUUUUCAAGAAUAUUCAAAAUAUAUAGAAACAGAUAAAGCAUUGAGAAGAAGAUUUAAUUGUGUUAAUAUAAAACCACUUAAUAGUAAUGAAACAUAUAAAUUGUUAAAAAAAAUUAAAAAUUCAUAUGAACAAUAUCAUAAUAUAUAUUAUACAGAUGAAGCUCUAAAAUCAAUUAUACUACUUUCAGAUGAUUAUUUGCCUACUUUGAAUUUUCCAGAUAAAGCUAUUGACAUUUUAGAUGAAGCUGGAUCUUAUCAAAAAAUAAAAUACGAAAGAUAUAUCACAAAAAAGUUAAGAAAUGAAAAUAAUAUUAAGACUGAUUCAAUUAAAGUAAGCACCAAUACAAAUUCUAACAAAAUCGAUAACAAUUCCACAAAUGUAACAUCUCAAAUUGAAUCUAAUUAUCUUGUUGAUGAUCUUCAUAUGAAAUAUGUGACAUCAGAUGUGAUAGAAAAUAUAGUAAGCAAAAAAUCAUCUAUUUCAUUUAUUAAAAAAAAUAAAAAAGAAGAAGAAAAAAUACAAAACUUAAAAGAAAAAUUAAAUAAAAUUAUAAUAGGACAAGAAAAAGUAAUAGAUAUAUUAGCAAAAUAUUUAUUUAAAGCUAUAACAAAUAUUAAAGAUGCUAAUAAACCAAUUGGUACACUUUUAUUAUGUGGUUCAUCGGGUGUUGGAAAAACAUUAUCUGCUCAAGUUAUUUCACAAUAUCUAUUUAAUGAUGAUAAUAUAAUUGUAAUAAAUAUGAGUGAAUAUAUAGAUAAACAUUCUGUCAGUAAAUUAUUUGGUAGUUAUCCAGGUUAUGUAGGAUAUAAAGAAGGUGGUGAAUUAACUGAAGCUGUAAAAAAAAAACCAUUUUCAAUUAUACUUUUUGAUGAAAUAGAAAAAGCUCAUAGUGAUGUUUUACAUGUAUUACUACAAAUUUUAGAUAAUGGAUUAUUAACUGAUUCAAAAGGAAAUAAAGUUUCUUUUAAAAAUACCUUUAUAUUUAUGACCACAAAUGUCGGUUCAGAUAUUAUAACCGAUUAUUUCAAGGUAUACAAUAAAAAUUAUGCAAACUUUGGUUUUAAGUAUUAUACUCAAAAAGAAAAAAUCGAAAAACCAGACUUACAAAACUCAACUAAUAAUAACACACAGAAUGAUAAAGAUAAAAUACAAACAGAUCUUGAUAUUUUUGAAGAAAAAAUAAAAACAAAUAAAUGGUAUGAUGAACUUAAACCAGAAAUUGAAGAAGAAUUAAAAAAAAAAUUUUUGCCAGAAUUUUUAAAUAGAAUAGAUGAAAAAAUAUUAUUUCGUCAAUUUCUUAAGAGAGAUAUUAUACAAAUUUUAGAAAAUAUGAUUCAAGAUUUAAAAAAAAGAAUUAAAAAAAGAAAAAAACUAAAUAUAUUAAUAGAUGAUAAUAUAAUUAAAUAUAUUUGUUCAGAUGAAAAUAAUAUUUAUGAUAUAAAUUUUGGAGCCAGAUCAAUUAGAAGGGCAUUAUAUAAAUAUAUAGAAGACCCUAUUGCUGCUUUUCUAAUUUCUAACGAAUAUAACCCUAAUGAUACUAUGCAUUUAACCUUAUUACCUAACAAUAAAAUUCAUGUAGAACUACUAAACCAUACUACCACUUCCCUAUCUUAA